GCAAAGAACUUUCAAAAUCCAUUUGUUCUCUUGGCUGAAGUUUGGGAGAAAUGAUGAAGGAUUCCACAAGUGGUGGCCAUCACAACGAAAGAAAAAGAAGCAGUGACAGCAAUGCUUUCGCCAAGUUUCUUCCUUUUUCUCCACCAUUGGAAGACGACCCUGAAUCAUACGAAGCUAAAUUUGGUGAUCACCAUGACCAUGGCCACAAGAGAUUCAAACCAAAUUCUCAAGCUCCUUUCUUGAAAACCACUACCACCGAUUUAACCCCUUCUACUCAUCUUCCCAAACAAAACAUUGACACAAAGGAAACAUUGGACUUUUCCUCUCCAUCAACUUCCAUUAGGCAUUCAACUACUGGUGGACCAUCACCACAAUCCAUUGGUAGCAAGUCAUCACUCACUGAGUACAUGGAGAAUGAUGGCAAAAUUUGCAGAACAGUCUCAGAUAGUUGCAACGGGAAAGAAGACAAGAAUCAGAGUGAGCUAGAAACAGUGAUGUCUAUGGCAGCUGAGGAACUGUCAAGGAGGCCUAGAACCGGGGGCAUAUACAAAGCAAUUGCGAGUCAACGCGAGUGCACUGUGAAACGUUUGAAAGAUUUGUCAAACAAAGAGCCUACAAUAGAUGUUGGUCUUGAGAUGGGUGAUGGAGCACAUCUUUUGAAGCUCAUGAGCUUCUCUAGCAGUGAGAUCGAGAUGGCAGGGCAAAAGGGUCGCAAAGGAGCUAUGUUGUUGAUUCAAGCAGAGAUCCUUCGCAAGAAGGGACAGGAACUCAUUGCUGAAUGCCAGAACUUGCUCCAAGAUGCAUUGUAACUUUAGGCAUUUGGAGGCUAUUAAGGUUCUAUGUGUGGCUGUUGGGAAGAUUAAAAGUUCAGAUCUUUCAAACAUUUUCUGCUAUAUGUCUACUGGAUAUUGAAGACUUUCUCAAUGGCAUGUUUAUGGACAUACUUAAAAAUUAUAAAAAACACAAUGUUACAGUAAUAUGUGAUCAAUUUGAGAAAACUUUAAAGAGUUUAAAAUAUACUGAGGAAAAGGGUGUAUAGGUACUUGAAUUUGCUCCAAUAAUUGAAACUCAACUCAGUACCACGUCACAAGAAAUAGCAACAGUGAGUGUGAAAGCUGAUAUGAAAAAUUGCUCAGUCUGCUGCAUUACUGUACUAGUUAAUGUGGCCAACAAAGUAUUGUCGUUGAAACUUUUGAUGACACUAUCUUUAGCUUAUCUUUAUGCAUGUGCUAUCCAACUGCUACUGACUAACACUGUUUGCAAGAAAUCUAGAUCAGUAAUUGCACAUUUAUUGUCUACUAAAACAAUUUCUUAGCUGAUAUUGUGCACACUAUCAUUUGUUUUUUUCCUUCCAAUUUUCUUCUCUAGUCUUAACCAGGGUUGGCAUAGCAGGAGUUCCUCACGUGGUUGAAGAUUAAUGUGGUUCACGGUCACUUUGGAGUACCCAUAGGGAUUGGAGAUUGUGCACUACGAAGAAGUCUAAGAAUGUGAAUAUAUUAAACCGACUUCAACAGAAUCAC